CGCCGCAUCACCCCCCCCGUUUCGCGUCACGCCGGCGGGGGCGGGGCCUCGGCGCGCGCCCCGCCCUGAUUGGCCGCUGACGUGUGAAAAGUGGCGCGCGGGCGCGAGCCCCGCUCGUGGUGGCGGGAGAGCCGCACGUGGUCGCCGCUCGCGCGGGCCGCGCGCAGCAUGUUCGGGGGCCGGGCCAGGUGCGUGCGGGGCUCGGGGCCGCGGGGCCUCGGCACGGACACGGCUGGGCACCGCCCGGUCACUGCCUGGCACGGCUGGUCUCUGCCAGGGCACGGUUGGCCACCGCCGGACACUGCCCGGCACGGCUGGUCACCGCCCAGGCACCGCCCGGCAUGGCUGGCCAACGCCCGGGCACCGCUCGGCACGGCUGGUCACCGCCCAGGCACCGCCCGGCACGGCUGGCCAAUGCCCGGGCACCGCCCGGCACGGUGCCGCGGCUCCCCGGGCUGCAGCCGGUGCGGCUCUCCGCUGCCCGGUGGCGAGCUCGCUCUCCUGGGUGGAGGGCGUGUCCCUCCGUGCGCCCGUCGGGGGUUGGCAGGGUGCGGCUCUCCCUCGGCUGGGGAGGCAGAGCUCCUGGCUGCUCCCUCUCUGCCGCCCAUGUGCCCUUGGGGGGUUUUCCACCUUCCAGGUCCCCUCUGCAGCCCCCCUGAGCUGGGAGUGGGCUCAGUGUGAACUGGAGAGCUUUUGGCUGCACUUGGCAGUCCUGGGGCUUUGCUGCACAGAGAACCAGCUGCUUUAAUGUCACCUCUUCGUCAUUCUGCUGGAAAUGCCCUGCCAGCCUUUGCCUGGUGGAGGCUGUGCUCUAGCUGGUACGUUAAAUGGCUGUUGGUUCAAUGCCCUUUUGCCCCUUGUCCUGCCCAGUCCUCUGUUCCUGGACACUUCGGAGAUCUGGUGGCAGGACCCACCGUCCCUGCAAGCGGAGGCAGCUCCCUGGGACGUGACAGAGGUGGCAGCCGUGUGCAAGGCAGCAGAUGAGGGCUCAGAUCCAAGCCCCCAGGAGGGGAACAGCACCGAGGAGCAGGAUGUUCAGGACCCGGUGAGUGCCUGCCUGGAUGGAUGGGGAGCCAGUUUUCCUUGGUGCCCAAAGGAAAUGGGAACGUUUUUACACCUGGGGUGUCCCUGCUCCGUGUGCUGCUCGUGCAAUUCUUGGUUUGGGAUUCAGGAGCUGGAGGCCAUCAAAGCCAAACUGCGGGAAAUAGAGCAGGAGGAUGAGAGGCUGAAGGAGUUGCAGCUAGAAGCUGAGAACCACCUGUUCAUGAGCUCUGAAGCAGCUCUCUUUCCACUGACAACCAAGGAGAAGAUGGAGGCUGACCAGCGUUCCAUCUACGUGGGCAAUGUGGAUUACGGGGGCACAGCAGAAGAGCUGGAGUCUCACUUCAACAGCUGUGGGCAGAUCAACCGCGUCACCAUCCUCUGUGACAAGUUCUCGGGCCACCCCAAAGGCUAUGCCUACAUCGAGUUCGAGGAGCAGAGCUCCGUGAAGGCUGCGGUGGAGCUGGACGAGAGCGUCUUCAGGGGCCGUGUCAUCAAGGUGAGAGCUGGGGGAGCCCCUGGGGGGCUGCUCCCCCCAUUCCCGGCCCUGCCUGCCUGGGGCUGGGCCAAACCCCAUCUCCAGCAGCCUCUCCCCACCCCGCAGGUGCUGCCCAAGAGGACCAACAUGCCGGGCAUCAGCAGCACGGACCGCGGGGGCUACCGGGGCUGCUGCCAUGCCCGGGGGGCGCUGGGCCGCUGGGGGGGCCCCUACGGGCAGCAGCCCCGGCUGCGAGGGAGGGCCUACAGGGGUCGGGCAAGGCUGCUGCCUUGGUAUUUUCCAUACUAGAAGAGGUUGGACUGCCUGGUGAUGCCAAUGGGACUGAAACAAGGAGAUGGGAUUGGAGAGAUUUAAAAAUAUGCCUGCCCAAGCCAAAAAACAGAUUAAUUUUAAAAAUGCCAUCUGCCUGGCCGUGAGGAUUACUGGUGAGCCCUGUGCUGGGCUGCAGGAGGGAAGACGGGAUCUGCUCCACCCUGCCAGCACCCAGGAGAGCUCAUCCCACCUCAGCUCUGCCGGGGGGCUGUGUUUGCACAGAGAACAGGCUCAUUCCAGAGAACACUGUCCUGGGAAUGGAAGAGCUCUCCCAGACCAUCAAGUCUCCUCCUUAUCCCACGGGAAAGGGCUGUCCUGGAGGGUUUGGCUCCUUCCUGGCUGCAUGCCCUCCAUGCCACUGCUUGGCCAUGAACCUCCUCAGCUCUUCCUACAGCAGCUGGAUGCUCAGCCUUCUCUUCUUCUAAGAUCCUAAAGACUGUUUCCUUUCCCAAAUCAAUGAAGAAAGUUUUGGGUUGCAGCUCCAGAUCUGAUUGCUGGGGAGCUUUCCCUUCAUCAGCCCUGUGGAUGUGACCUUCCUCCUGGGAAGCCUGAUGUGGUUUGGGUGUGGUUUUUAGCUCACUGUUUGUACAUCCAGGACAGGGAAAAAGCAUCUGUUAUUUCUCUGGGAGCCUCUCUAUCUCUGUGGUAGUUAAGCAAGACCUGGGUGCCACAAAACCCUUCCUCUUUUUUUUUAUUUUGGCAGUCAGCAAACCCCUCUUCCCUCCCUCCUGCUUUUAUUCCAAUCUCCAGGGGUCAAAGGGUGCUGGCAACUCCUCACUUGACUUUAUUUCUUGCGGUAGCAGCAUUACAAAAUCACCUUCCCUGGUGCAGAUUUGGUCUGGUCUCCCUCUUUAUUCCCAUCACCAUUCCUGCUCUGGAGUCACAUCUGGGGAUGGUGUGGGCCCUGCAGGAGGCUCAGGACCAAAGAGCACCACAGGAGCUGGGUACCAGGGAAGAAGGCUCCUGGCUCUUCCCUUUCCUGCUGAAUUUGUGUUUGUGCAGCCCUGUGUUUUUAAAGGAAAAGCUUUGUGUUAGAAUGGGCAGGCUGGGAACCCCAGCAGACAGCAUUCCUGGGAGAAGUUCUGCAUGGGAAAUGGGUUUUAUUAUGUAAUUCUCCCCCUAAUCUUUCGGGAUCCUUGGUUAGGAUUCCUCUAACCCAGAUGCAGCAGAUGCAACCGACUCCUAAAGCAGCUUUUCACAGCUCAGGGGCAUUGCCAGGCUAAAAAUCCCACUGAUUUUUUUUCCCCCUUUAAGAUCUCUAGAUUUUUUUAAAAGCUUGGGGCCUUAACUCUUCAUGUUGUGUUGAUAUUGUCCUCGGAGCUGCUGAGACUGACCUUGAUUUGAGCUACCCUUAGGCUUAGACUAUAAACCAGCUUUUUUCUAGGGCUUCUGUUUGACAGGAUUAUAAAUUUUUGAGGCUUAUUUUUAAAUAAAAAACUACUUUGGGGUGUUUGGACUCUCUAGUGGAAGAGGCAACACUGAGCUGCCAUCUCUGUGAGUGAACACAGCCUAAUUUUUUAGAUGAAAACGUUUGUGGAUAACAGUGCACAGCUGUGCCUUGUGGAGAUGGUGGGAGAGGCUUGAACCUCCAUGAUAUUCCAGGUGGUUGCUGAUAAAAUGUACUUAAGUUCUGUUUGAGAAAGUAUUUGUAACUGUUACUUAUUUUUAAAAUAAAUGAUC